AUGGCCGUCGACAGCAGUAGUUCUCGUAACUCGCCAGAUUUUAAACAAGAAGAAGAAUCAAUGCAAGAGUAUGAUGCAUUAAAAGAUAACAAUUCAGCACAUGAUGAAGGAAAAAUGUUCAUAGGCGGUCUUAAUUGGGAAACAACAGAUGAAAUCAAAGACUGUGUUGUUAUGAGAGAUCAGAAUACGAUGAGAUCUCGCGGAUUUGGUUUUCUGACUUUUAUAGAUCCUUCUAAUGUUGAUAAAGUGCUGGCAACUGAUCAUCAAUUAGAUGGAAAACUUAUUGAUCCAAAACGAGCAAUCCCUCGUGAAGAACAAGAAAAAACAGAAAAAAUAUUUGUAGGUGGAAUAGCACCUGAAGUGACUGAAGAAGAGUUUAAAGAAUAUUUUUCACAAUUUGGGGUUGUCAAAGAUGCAACGUUGAUGGUUGAUCGUGAUACUGGUAGACCUCGAGGAUUUGGUUUCAUUACUUUUGAAUCAUCAGAGCCUGUCGAGGUGAAAAGAGCUAUGCCAAAGCAUAAAUCACAAAGAGUUAACAUUUAUGGAGGAGCGCCUUCAGUAGGUAAUGCUAUAUCAUCUGGCAAUGGACCUAUGAAUGGUAGAUAUGGUUCAUCCUAUGGAAUCGGUAAAGAUGGUGGCUCAGCUGGAUAUUCUGGAAUGGGUGGAUACAAUUCCGGUUCAAUUAAUGGUAGAUAUGGCUCAUCUUACGGAAUGGGUGGCGGUGGUAAAGACGGGGGCUCGGCUGGAUAUUCUGGAAUGAGUGGAUACAAUUCCGGUUCAAUCAAUGGUAGAUAUGGUUCUCCUUACGGAAUGAGCGGUGGCGGUAAAGAUGGAGGCGGCUCAACUGGGUAUUCUGGAAUGGGUGGAUACAAUUCCGGUUCAUACCCUGGUAGUUAUAGUGCAUAUAAUAAUUAUCCAAAUUAUGGUUAUCCCAAUUCUUAUCCCGACAGUUAUCACCCAUAUAAUGCAAUGACACAUGCAUAUUAUUCUUCAAGAUAUGGUGGAUAUAAUAAUAAUUAUGGAGGAGGUAGUAGUGGAUAUAGAGGAUCAGGUAGUCGAGGAGGCGGUAGUGGUGGUGGAGCAGGAAUGAAUGCUGCAGGAUCAGGAGAACCAAUAUACAGUAGACAUUCAGUUCGUGGCCAACAUAAUUAUCAUCCAUAUGCACGAUAA